AUGCUUCCACCAACUGUUUUCACCAACAAUAGUCAUCGGGGCAGUGGAUUCACCAACUAUAGUCAUCGGGGCAGUGGAUUCACCAACAAUAGUCAUCGGGGCAGUGUUUUCACCAACAUUAGUCAUCGGGGCAGUGUCUUCACCAUCAAUAGUCAUCGGGGCAGUGUCUUCACCAACAUUAGUCAUCGGGGCAGUGGACUCACAACCAAUAGUCAUCGGGGCAUUGGUUUCACCAACAAUAGUCAUCAGGGCAGUGUUUUCACCAACAUUAGUCAUCGGGGCAGUGUCUUCACCAACAAUAGUCUUUGGGGCAGUGGAUUCACCAACAUUAGUCAUCGGGGCAGUGUCUUCACCAUCAAUAGUCAUCGGGGCAGUGUCUUCACCAACAAUAGUCAUCGGGGCAGUGGAUUCACCAACAAUAAUCAUUGGGGCAGUGGUUUCACCAACAAUAGUCUUUGGGACAGUGGAUUCACCAACAAUAGUCAUCGGGGCAGGGUCUUCACCAACAAUAGUCAUCGGGGCAGUGUCUUCACCAUCAAUAGUCAUCGGGGCAGUGUCUUCACCAACUAUAGUCAUCGGGGCAGUGGUUUCACCAACUAUAGUCAUCGGGGCAGGGGAUUCACCAACAAUAGUCAUCGGGGCAGGGGAUUCACCAACAAUAGUCAUCGGGGCAGUGGUUUCACCAACUAUAGUCAACGGGGCAGUGGAUUCUCCAACAAUAGUCAUCGGGGCAGUGUCUUCACCAACAAUAGUCAUCGGGGCAGUGGAUUCACCAACAAUAGUCAUCGGGCAGUGGAUUCACCAACUAUAGUCAUCAGGGCAGUGGAUUCACCAACAAUAGUCAUCGGGGCAGUGGAUUCACCAACAAUAGUCAUCGGGGCAGCGUCUUCACCAACAAUAGUCAUCGGGCAGUGGAUUCACCAACAUUAG